CGAGCGCGGGCAGCAGCAUGAAGGGCCCAGCAUCCGCGUCGCCGUCGGAGGUGAUCCGCGAGGGCGAGCUGGAGAAGCGCAGCGACAGCCUCUUCCAGCUGUGGAAGAAGAAGGCGGUGGUGCUGAGCAAGGACAGCCUGAGCCUCUUCUCGCCCGAGGCCGGCAAGGCCCGAGGCGGCGGCAGCGGCGGGAAGGAGCUGCGCUUCGGCUCCAUCCAGAAGGUGGACUGCGUGGAGCGGACGGGCAAGUACGUGUACUUCACCAUCGUCACGACGGACCGCAAGGAGAUCGACUUUCGGUGCCCGGGCGAGAGCUGCUGGAACGCCUCCAUCACCAUGGCGCUCAUCGACUUCCAGAACAAGCGCGCCAUCGAAGACUUCAAGAGUCGCCAGGAGGCCGCCGAGCACGCGGCCGCCGCCACCCGGGACAGGCGCCUCGCGCGCGCCCCCUGAGCCCGACGCGCCCCCGCCCCCUGAGCGAGAGACCAAAGAACAUUAUUCUGGAUGACAAUAGGAUCAAGUGUCUUUGACUGUGAUUCAAGUGCACCGGAGCAAGGUACCAAUGAAGGAAAGCAAAGAAGGAUGCCAGCGACUGCUAGAUCUCUUCAAAUCUGAUGAGGCUGCUGAGCAGGAGAGACAAAUCUUUGCUGAAAGGCUUUUGCAAACCAAAGAAACUUUUGAAAAACACAAACUCUGGCCAACUGAAGAGGAGGCCCACUUUGCAAACUGCUAUUUUGUUUUAUAUUUAUAAGAUGCAAAGACUAUCCUACACCACCUGGUGGGGAGGAAAUACAUAGUUUAAAUUAUUUGUAGUAUCAAUAUUUUGUAUUUAUUUUGAUGAAUGCUUUUUAAGCAAAUAGCUGUCUUAAUGUUGCUUUUUGCAUUAAUGUAGCCAUUCCAAAUAAAUGAUGUGAUAUGUUCACUUUAUUUUAUUACCACAUA